AUGGAAAACGUCAUAAAGAAAGCGUUGGUGCAGUUUCCCGAGCACAAUCACGUCCUCCGAUGCCUACCACUGCUUUCGCACUGGCAGGUCCUGCCUUACGAACCUGCUCUUCUCACGAGAACGCUGGACAAAACACGUUACGGAGGCAAACUGGUGCAUGCAACCUACAUCGAGUUCAAAAAGGCCUUCGAGAGCGUCCCUCACCAACGCCUCUUACAUAAACUACGCAGUGCAAGAUUUCGCGGGAACCGUUUCCUUUAG